AAAAGUUUGUUCGAGUUCUUGAUUUUUGAACGAAAAAAGUUGCUCACAAAUUCGGAUCCCAAAAUCAUUUACAUCCGAGCAGAAUGCUCGUUCGUCAUUAACAGUGAUUACAAACGUCCGACAAACUUUUAUCGGCUCGGAAAUAUGUGAACGUAUAAUCCGAUUUUUAGUGAGCGAUCCUCGAGUACAUUCACCGUCUAGUAAUUCACGAGUAAGCGGAGAGAGUCAUACGAGUCCAGAAGCGAACGAUGAAACGAGAAAAAAAAAACGAAAAACAAAACCUCCAUUUGCGCAGUUGAAAAACGAAUAAUUCGAGGCUUUUUUGCCCACUUCCGGUCCAGAUAGCGGACCACGAAAGGUUCGAAUCGACGCAAGUAAUUUUCAGAAAUGACCGGGCUCCAGAAGAGACUGAGACUAAGGAAAGGCGGAAAUCGACGUGGGCAUCGACCAGUUAGAACCCAUUUACGUAAUCCCAUCGAGAUUCAAAGCUCUGUCAAUAACACCCAACGAAAGAUUUACACAGCAAAGGUGAAUCAGACUCAUUCGUGCAGCCCACAAUCGUUGGCGCUCGAGCAGGAGUGGGGGCGGUCUGCCAGUGCGAGUUAUCGAAGGAUAUAUAAGUCAUUCAAGUAUUAAACUCGUGAGUUGACGUUUUAUCGUUCAACUGUUGAGAAGUCAACGACACUCGAGCAUGAAAACUAAAAUAAUUCUAAUAAUCGUCAUGGCUGUGACUCGCUCGUGUCGAGCUUCCCACGGCUGGGAUUUGGGCGGGGGCCACGGCGGGGGCGGAAUAAGCCUCGGCGAAAUAUCCCUGGAUCAUCAUGGCUUCAAACUGCCGACUAUAACCCUCGAGGAUUCUGCUCACGAGAACAAGUGGUCGGGGUGGCCUGGCAGCGCCAUCGGCGGGGGCGGCUGGACCGGAUCCAUCUCCAGCCACGGUGGGGGAUGGAACUCUGACGUUUCGUUUGGGCACGGAUGGGAAGGAAAAAUAAAACCGAUCGUCAAAGAAAUUGGCAUUCCAGUGCCUCAAGCAGUCGAAAUAAAAAUCCCGCACCUCGAGCCUCACAGCGUGCCGCAGCCAUAUCCGGUCUUGGUUCCGGUAUCGAAGCCAGAGCCUUUUGAAGUCGUUAAAACAGUGAUAAAAACAGUCGAGAAAAAAGUACCAACCCCGGUGGAAAAAGUGAUUCCGGUUAAAGUUGAGAAGCCGGUUCCGUUCACCGUUUACAAAAGUGUACCUUAUCCGGUCGUUAAGCACGUGCCUAUCAAGAUUCCUGUCCACAAGACCAUUCAUCAUUACAGUCAUCAUCAUCACCGUUAAUCGUAUUUUCACUAGCCCCGUUUCGCCGUUAUUAUUUUCUCGAAUUAUCGUGCACUUAUGACUUGUGUUUUUUACGUUAUUCCAUCGUUGUCUAGUGAAUAGAAAAUCGACGAAAAAUUGUUCAAUUUUCUGCUGUGAAUAGC